GGAAACGCCCACACUGCAUAAAGUCUGGUCUCAGGGUGAGGCAAGGCCCUGCAGCACACCCUCUUCUCCUCCGCUGACCAUCCAAAUCUGCAAAGAUGAAUCAAGGAAUGAUCAUUAAGAAUAUGUCCUUCAAGGUCGGACAGACCAUGACCAUCACUGGAGUGGCAAAGCCGGAUGCUACAAAUUUUGCAGUGAAUAUCGGCCCCAAUGAGAACGAGUACACCAUGCACAUCAACCCUCGAUUCUGCGCCCACGGAGACGAGAACGCGGUGGUCUGCAACUCCUACCAGGGGGGGAACUGGUGCGAGGAGCACCGUGAAGGAGGAAGCUUUCCUUUCAAACAGGGAGAGGAGUUCAAGAUCGUCAUUGAAUUCACCCCUGCAGAGUUCGUGGUGACUCUUUCUGAUGGAUGCCAGAUCCGUUUCCCUAACCGUGUCGGAGCGGAGAAAUACUCCUUUAUCGGCUUUGAUGGAGACGCUCGCAUCAGGAGCUUGGAGAUCAAGUAAUUCACAGAUUCAGUAGUCAGCAUUAGUUCUAUUAAUCUAGAAUUAGGUCACUUUUAACCCCAGCUUUAACUCCUUGAGUACUGGAUGUGGUUUUAGAAUAGUGCCUUAUAUGCUUACCAAACAAAUAUGCAAAAACUGAGCUUGUUUACACCUGCAGAUGAAUGCAAACACUGUUAAAAAGAAGAAUAGACACACGCAACGCCCCUGCAAACACACAGUCAUCCCAUAGCCGUGUUAUCGGUUUCUGAUUUCCAGAUUGCAGUGUUUAGCUGAAAGAUGGUAUAAAUGUUGGAUUUUCUUCUUUGAGGUGCCUUUAAGUGCUUCAUUCUCUCCUGUCCUCCCUCCCAGACAUUCCAGAUUUGUACUCAAGUGUGAUGCUUUCCUGUGCAUUGUGCAUUAAAGCAUUUCAUGAU